CCGCACGGUGGCGUCCGCGAUCUGUUCUCUGUAUAACCAGCGCUCUGUGGAUCUCGACGAUGAAAUUGACAUUCAAAAAUAGCACCUUCUGUGCUUCUAACAUCGCUAAAACAUCAAGUAGAAGAAAACCAAUUAGUCGUCAGUCCUGGCACUCAUCAUAGUGGUCCCUGGCGUCCCGUCUGUGUGUGUGAGCGCUGGUUCUGAUGAGGUUUUCUCGCUCUGAGCGAUGACUGUCCCAGCUCUCCAGAACAGCGCGGUGUUCUACAGGCGCGUGCUCAGCCGCUUCCCGCAGGACUUCAGCCUGGCGUUCGCGUACGGGUCCGCGGUGUUCAGACAGACCGGAGCUCCGACGGGGAAGAACAUGCUGGACUUUGUGUUUGCUGUGGACGACCCUGUCACGUGGCACACCAUGAACCUCAUCGAGAACCGGAAGCAUUACUCUUUCCUCAGAUACCUGGGACCCAAACACAUCAGCAGCAUUCAGACUGACUAUGGUGCUGGAGUCUACUUCAACACCCUUGUCCCGGCUGAAGACAGGGUGAUCAAGUACGGUGUGAUCAGCACAGACGCUCUGAUCGAAGACCUACUCCACUGGAAAACCCUGUAUGUAGCAGGCAGACUACACAAACCUGUUCGGAUUCUGCUCCAGAGUGAGCCUGGAAAACUGCGGGACGCUCUCGUAGGGAAUCUGAAGAGUGCCGUGAUCGCUUCGUUUCUCAUGCUGCCAGAGAGUUUCUCAGAGGAAGACCUGUUCCUGCAGAUAGCAGGCUUGUCCUACUCUGGGGAUUUCAGGAUGGUGAUCGGUGAGGAUAAAUCCAAGGUUUCCAACAUCGUGAGAGAGAACAUGACGCAUUUCCGGAAGUUAUAUAACAAUAUUCUUCAGGAGUGCCCUCAGGUGGUGUACAAGCCUCAUCAGGGCCGGCUGGAGGUGGACAAAAGCCCGGAGGGUCAGUUCACGCAGCUCAUGGCUCUUCCUCGCACUCUCCAGCAGCAGAUCACGCGUCUGGUGGAGCGUCCCGGGAAGAACCGAGACGUGGAGGAGAUCCUGCUGCAGGUGGCACAGGACCCUGACUGUGGCUCCGCCGUGCAGCAAGGCAUUGCGUCAAUCGUGAAAGCCUCCAGUAUAACACAGAGUGCCAAAGGAAUAGCCACCGCUGGUCUCGUCAAAACCGUGUCCUACAGCGCGAAGAAGCUGCAGAAGAUGUGGCGAGGCUGGCGCAGAAGAGCCUCGUGACAUAGUCUUAUUUAUUCACAAUCGACUAAUGACUGAAGCAGUGAUUCAUUCUCCAAUGCACAAUAUUCCUGAGAAAACGUCAAUAAAGGUUUUUAAGUGUGA